AUGGCGGUAGCGUCUGCGAUCUCGUUGGCUUUCUUUCUUUCUGUCCGGGCCGUGGGCGCUCAGUCAGUUUAUGUCGUCCCAAAAGCUAUCAACGCAACGACUGGGUCGGUAUCGAACGCUGAUGCCCUGCUGGCUCCGAACACCUCUGUGACGACUCUGAGCGGGAAAGGGGCACAGAUUGUCCUCGACUAUGGCGUCAAUGUCGGUGGAUUCCCUACUUUCUGGUUAGCCAGUGUAGAGGGCGAAGGCGUGCAGAUGGCUGCGACAUAUAGCGAAGGUUUUGGCGGCAUAUGGUCUGCGGAAGGGGAUGACUUCGUCGACUAUUCAAAUGGCUACAGUAAUAACCGAACAACCACAUACAAUCUUGCCGCGACCAGCAAUAACACUGUCCAAGACUACUACCUCCAAGGCUCGCAACGAUGGCAGCGCAUCUGGCUCCUUACCGAUGGAAAUGUCUCCUUUUCCGCCGUCGGUUUUCUGUCAAUAACCGACAUCACCCCCGUUGACUCCCUUCCGGGUGGAUUCAAGUCCAGCAAUGACCUCUUUACCGAUAUAUGGGAGGCGGGUGCGAGAACGGUUCAGUUGGUCAGCGAUCCAGCCGGGUCCGUCCCUCCGAAUUGGAUACUUCAAGAUGAUGGAGCCUUGAUCCCGCCGCAACACGCAUCUUACAACCUGUACGGCACGCUGUGGUCCAAUUACACGCUUGAGUUCCAAGCGAAGAUCACCGGUGGUGGGAUUGGGUGGCAGGUCCUGGAGUCCGGGAGCCUUGGCUUGCAGUUUCAACUCAACCAAACACACAUCGGGCUAUUCUAUGGUUAUGGCCCCGUGGCUGACUCUGUGCCCGAUUUUUCGGGCCUCUAUAGCUACCCUCUUGCCGCCACGGUUUUACCCAACGUUACGCUCUUCGACGGCGACUUCCACCAAUACAGCACAGUCAUGUUCAAUACCACAUUUGGCGUCCUUGUUGAUGGUGUUUCUAUCUUGAACUACACCGUACCCGAAACAAACGUCUCGACCAUGGUCGUACCCGGAAGCUUUGGGUUCGGGGGCGCGUUCGACGCCGAAGGCGUGUUCACCGCCGUCCGAGUUACGGAUACGCUCAACGGGACGCUUUUAUACGAGUCAGAACUGAAGAACGAGACUGCGUUGGCAGAUUUCAAGGUCCAGCGUAACCUGGUAGAUUCUAUACUUGACGGGGCCAGAAGAGAUAGAAUAGUUUGGAUCGGUGACGUUGCUAUUACAGCACCGUCGCUUUUCUACUCGACCGCCGAAGCUAAAUACGUCACAGGGUCCCUAGCUCUUGUUUUGUCCUGGCAAAGUGAUACGGGGGCUCUAGCAUCGGACGUACCACCUAUUACUCCUUUCGGUGACUCCUAUCCAGUCAAACCCUCCGCGUUUUUCUACUCCUUGCCAUAUGAAAUCUUCGGGAUUCAGGCAUUCUAUGACACGUAUAUGUACACGGGGAAUAUCUCGUUCAUCGGGGAGUUCUGGAGUAAUAUCCAAGCCCAGACAGAUCGUCUGCUAGGCUUAGUGGGGACGAAUGACAGUCUGAUCAGGAUCGAUACGUCGAACUCAAAACUGGGUAGUGACUGGGAUUGGUACGACGGUCCACGCUAUGGUGCAGGUACUAAACUGAACGCGCAAGCCGUCCUCGCCUUCAAUCAAACUUCUACUAUGGCUGCCGCUUUUAACCUCACUUCUCUCGCCGCAACUUAUGCGAACGCGUCAAUUGCCAUCCGCGACGCUAUCAACUCCAAUUUGUGGAACGCCACAGGCGGAUUCUAUGUGAACACGGACAUUGUACCUGGUGUGGCGCAAGAUGCAAAUUCGUGGGCCAUAAUCGCAGGAGUGGCUGAUGCUGAGAAUCGCACAGAGGCGACUCUGACCGCUAUGAGCGAGAACCUCAAAACCGACUAUGGCAUGCUCGCCUUCUCAGCAGACGCUGGAUCACGGGCGAACAUCAGCCCUUUCAUAACCGGUUUUCAUCUUGAGGCGCUCCUCGUGUCGGAUAUGCGUGACCAAGAUGUGUUAUAUAUCCUUGAAAAGACAUUCGGUACUAUGGUAGACACCUCACGCGAGAACUACACCGGAACGUUCUGGGAGGUAAUGUCCCCCGAAGGAGGGCCAGGCCUUGAUGCCUACACCUCCCUGUGUCAUGGCUGGUCUUCAGCACCCACGGCUCUCUUCUCGCGUUUCGUUCUCGGUGUGCAACCUACGUCGCCAGGGUUCGAGACGUGGAUUGUCGCGCCUCAACCGUUGAAUACGACAUCAGCGGAGGGACGAGUGUCCACACCCUUCGGGACCUUGUCCGUGAACUGGACGAUAUCGGAUGGAGUCAUGACGGUCGAGGUUGACGGUCCAGCUGGUACGAAUGGGACAGUUUAUGUGACGGGAGGAAGUGAAAAUACGGUUACGGUGGAUGGUGGGAAUAGCACGACUCUGUUGCUCGAUCGGACUGACAGACUCGGUGUCAACGUUGAGGGAGGAGCCAGACAUGUUGUACAGAUAGCAUAA